ACUUGCCAGGAGCUAUCAUUAGACAAGGCGGCACUGGAUUUUUUUUGACCCUGAAAAUGAACUUUAGGAGGAUUUUCCUAGUCAAGUGCUUGCUGGUUUUAUUUCCCGGUGUAAAAUGCUCCGUCACCAAGCGGAUUUACAUGGCAGUGAACGAGUCGGCUCUUCUCAGCGUCACCGGUGCUGGGGGCAUAUAUGAUGCAACAUGGCAGAGAGACCAAAAAAGGUUGCUUCAGAUAAAAGAUAACAUAGUUAAGUACUAUGUGACCAGGGACCAGUGCAGGUGUACGGUAUUCCUAAAUGGGACUCUGCAAAUAGAGCGGGUGGUGAAAGAGGACAGUGGGAAGUACACGGUGACUGUUUAUCAUCCUGAUGGAAAAUUGAAGGUAGAAGAAGAUACAAUGUUCAUCGUUCAGGAGCCUGUCCCUGUGCCAGUCAUCAGUGCUGAAUGCAUUAAUAAAACUGUCUCUGUCAAGUGUCAAGUGCAGCAGAAGAGUAAAGACGAAACAUUUAUAAUAGAACUGACUUACGACAAAGGCAAAAAAACCCAAAAGAAUGCAACAAAGUUGGAAUUGCAAACACGGUAUUCUGGGACGUUCAGAUGCACUGUUAGGAACGAAGUCAGCAAAAAAACGGCUGAAAAAGUAAUUAAGUGCUCAGGCCUGCCGGACCUUUAUCUCAUCUUAAGCAUAACAGGAGGCACAAUCUUCUUUGUCAUCUUCAUUAUUUUGCUUAUUUAUUGUAUCAGGAAGAAGAAAGCAGAAAGGCUUGAAGAUAAUGAUGAGGAGCGAAUGGCACAGGUUUGCCAGAUGGACAGUGAAAUGGCAGUGCGGGAGCUCCCUCGCCCACCGUGCAACCCUACCAUGAAGCAGCUUCGCGUGCAGCAGCGGCCGCUGCCGCAGCCCCAGGUGCAGCAGCAAGCGCUGCCCCCGCGGCCCAGGCCCCGCACUCAGCAGCAGACUCCAAACCACCCGAGAGAAAGACCCUGAACGUCUGCCCUGGGAGGGACGGUGGUCUCUCUGCUCCACCAUUCACUGGGAAAAGACAGUUUACAGUAGUCAGGCACCCUCUCGCCCAGCCUCGCGUUAACGCUCAGCUAUGAAACGGCAGCUUUCAUUGCAGAAAAUUAGAGAGAGCAUCAAACGGAGAUGAAGAGACCCAGUGGAGGAGAUUCAAGGUGACGGGCAUUCAUCCCUGCGGCCGUUUUUUCUUCAAGUAUCUCCAUGCUAAGGUAUGGAGCACUGAGCCUUGAAACCUGUGUCUUUCUGUGGUUCACUUGUUUUUACCCCACCUUGUUGUCUUUGUGCUUUUUGGAUGGAUUAUAUCAAGAGGCAGCUAAAGCUCUAGUGAGACAACAUGGGCCUGAGGAUCUUACAGGGUUUUGUCACGUCUCUUUCCUUUCUCCUGCCACACAUUGGGACAGCCCUCUGGCUUGAGCAUCAAAUGCAUGACCUCCUGCACCAAAAAAUAGUUGUAUGCAAUUAAAUGUUUGUCUGAAGU